AUGGCUACCCUCGAUCAGGAGACAUCAUCCCUCACAGGCAAUGUUUCCCUCAACGAAGAAAGUUCAUCUCUUCAUUUAAGCAAUAACGUUUCAGGAGAUGAACGGCCCAUUAUCAGUACAAUGAGCAACGUUGGAGAAGGCCCCGAAUACUUUCUCAUGUCAUUGAUACAAGAUGAGGAACUCGUUUAUAUGUAUGGGGGUGAAAAUAAUAAUGGCUUGCUUUCGAAUGUUUUUCAUGUUCUGGACCCUCACCUUCAACAAUUUAAACAAGUUUCAUGGAAGACACUCCCACGUAUGCAUGACUUGCCACCAAAAGUUGAAGGUCACUCCUUGUCCCUGAUUAAGGUCGGGGACAAGAAGGAACUAUUUUUGUUCGGAGGGCUUGACAAUAUGCGAACGAAUGGUUAUGGAAAUACUCUGUACGCUCUUGAUGUGAAUGAUAUGAAAUGGGAAAUUGUACAGGCAUCGAAUAUACAUGAAAUUCGGGGAAGAAGGCAACACGCGGCUGCGAGUGUAGGAAGCAAAAUCUAUAUCUUUGGUGGAGAAAUGAUGACAGACAAUAACGACACUAAAUUGCUAGACGAUUUGAUUGUAUUCGAUCGGGAAAGUUGUACAUGGAAUGUAGUUGAAUUGGACUUCCAGGAAAGUAAUCUGAAACCUCCUCCAUUACGUGGCCACACCAUGGUUUUUGAUGGAAAUUCCAAUCUUUAUGUCUUCGGAGGAAAAACAGAAGGCUCGUUGUACAGUGGUCAAUUGUGGCAGUUUAACGUGGACAAAAGGCAGUGGGGCCUCAUUAAGCCUAAUGACGAGGGAAUCAAACCAAAAGGUAGAGAAAUGCAUUCGGCUGUGCUUCACGAAAAUGUGAUAUAUUUUUAUGGAGGAUGGUCACAAGGAGGACCAACUAACGAUCUGCUUUCAUUCAACUUGGAAGAUGGAGUAUGGAAACAAUGGAAGCACUCAUUAUCACAUACAAAGGACUCAGUUCGGUUUGGACAUUGUUCUUGCCUUGUUAACUCUAAUCAACUCUUAAUACUUGGAGGAAGAAAUCACUUGUUCCAAAAUCAACAAGGUGUAUUGACAAUUUCUUUGCAAAAGAGUAGUAUGGAAGAAAUAGCAGAGAAGAGUACCCAAGUGUUCAAAUUGAAUAUUCCACAAGUUAUAGAACUGGAGCCAGACGAAAAGGUCUUGAUGGAGCAAAGCAUGCUUUCAAAGCAGGAUGCACUUGACGUGACCAAGUACAAGCUCAUGUUUCAUGAACUCACCGAGCAGCAAAUUAAGGUGUACGAUGAACUUGCAAUUGUUCUUGCUACCCAAGCAGAAACAGUGAAGGAAGUCAAGCAGUUGUUGGAACAACAGUCAAAGAUAUGCUCGGCCGAGCAACACACUCAGACCUCAUCAACACUUGAAACUCUUCAGUUAACUGCUCAUGAUACAUGUUCAAAGCCACCCGUCGCUGAUGCUCAUGUCUCCGUCACUGCAUCACCUUCUGCAUCUCCAAGCAAAACCAACAAGAAGAACAAGAAAAAGAAGAAAAAAUAG